UUCCGGUUGCGUUCCAAGUUCCCAUGGUACCCUUCCUUGGCUUAUUUGUCAGGAUGUUAAAUUUAGACAACAAUAUACAGUAAGUAUAUAGCAACAACUGGUGGGUGCCGCUGGUUAUUCGUCCGUCAUCUUCACCAACGCGGGAAACAUGGAGAUGAGGUCUUCGUACUGCAGGAGUUCUCAUCAAGUUGUGGGAUGAUGACAGGCAUGCUGCUGUCUAGGACAUGGCAAAUGAAGAGCUCCAAGGGUCUUGGAUAGAUGAGCCAUCUGGGCAAUUGUUGCUAUUGCAUUCACAAUCUGACAUUGGAUACCAAAGCACAGAACAUAUGCUUGAGAGAACUUCACAAAAAGAAUGUACUGUUCCUGAAGCCAUUUCUGCCAAUGAACCCUGCCUGUUGCUUCAUGAUAGAAAGACUCGGGAAACGCACAGCAAUUCUCAGCACUGCAGCAUGAGUGCGUCAGCUACAACCUGUCAGGAAGAUGAAAACAGCAUUGCCUGCCCUAUCUGCCAUAAUGAAUACAGGUCACCAAGUGAAUUAAAGGAACAUUUUAAAAAUCAUGGGCCCAAUAAUCAGGAAUUUAUCUGCUGGGAAAGUGGCUGUUCCUUUAUGUCACAGGACCGCAAGCAAUUCCAAGCUCACUUGAAAAGAACACACAGUGUGACGCCAGUGGCUUGUUCGCAGCGUGCUUGUCGUUUACUGUUUGCGAGUCAGAACGAGAUGUCUGUACACUUCCGCAGCCACUUUCCUUUUCAUUGUAAUCGCUGUGAUUUUGUUAGCUCCAAUACUAAGCAGUUCAGUCAACAUAAGAAGGAUCAUUCUGAGGAAGAGCGAUCAACUACAGAGGCCCUUGAAUCCAAACAGCCUAGAAGUGAAUCUGCUAGAGAGGAAGCAACUGAGAGCCAGCAGCCGCCAGGGAAAGUAGAAAUGGGCAAGGAGCACUUGUACAAGACCCAUAUGUGCCCGGAGUGCAAACGUUGCUUCAAAAAGCGGACUCACCUUGCUGAACAUCUCAACUUGCACUUUCCUGACCCUAACCUUCAGUGUCCAAACUGUGAUAAAUACUUCACCAGCCGCAGCAAGUUAAAGAUCCAUUUGAUGAGGGAGUCUGGUCAGAAGACCCACCAGUGCCCACUUUGUGAGUACAGCUCUGUGGAGAGGAAUGCUCUCAAUCGACACAUGGCAAGUAUACAUGAGGGUGUGUCUAACUUAUACUCUGAUACUUACUCAUGCCCUGUGUGCCAGGAAACUUUUAAACUGAGUCAAGCUCUUAAAGAACAUUUGAAAGGACACAGAGAAGAGCAGAAGAUGUUGUCCUGUUUUCAUCAGGGAUGUAACAAGUCCUUAUCAGACCGCAAGGAAUUUCUUAAGCAUCUUAAGGAAUCUCAUGGAAUCAGGGCUGUAGAGUGCCGAUACCAUGCCUGUUCUCUUCUCUUCAGAAACCGUGAGGAGAUGGAAAAGCACCGUAAGAAUCAUUAUGCCUUUCACUGCCAGGAAUGUGACUUUGUCUGCUCCAACAAGCACGCCUUCCGUAAGCACAAGAAGUGUGGGCAUCCAGGUUCCGAGGAGCUGUUCUGCCUCUUCUGUCCGUAUAAAAGCUUUAACCCAGUGGAGUUCUCAGAUCAUUUAAGUAAAAUGCAUGCUAGUGAGAAGAUACAUCGCUGUGAGGACUGUGAAUUUGCCACUGCACACAAGAGGGUUCUGAUACGUCAUAUGUUGCUACAUACAGGGGAGAAACCUCACAAAUGUAAUCUUUGUGAUUUUACAUGCCGGGACAUCAGCUAUCUCUCCAAACACAUGCUGACCCAUUCCACCGACAAGAACUACAUGUGUACUGAAUGUGGUUAUGUUACCAAGUGGAAGCAUUAUCUAAGCGUGCACAUGCGCAAGCACAGUGGGGAUCUCAGAUUUCAGUGUAAUCAAUGUUCUUAUCGAUGCCACCGUGCAGACCAGCUUACUAGUCAUAAGCUGAGGCACCAGGGGAAGAACAUAAUAUGUGAAGUCUGUGGAUUUGGCUGCAAACGCAAGUAUGAGCUCCAGAAACACAUGAAAAUUAAGCAUUCCCAGUCUUUUCAAAUGACAAUUUACCAGUGUCAACACUGCAGCUACCAGACAAAAUAUAAACAAUCUCUUUUAAACCAUGAGAAUUGCAAGCAUACAAAGCACAAAGAAUUCUGCUGUGCACUCUGCCCCUAUCGCACCUUCAGUAACACAAGCCUCUUUUUUCAUAAGCGCAAGUCACAUGGGUAUGUUCCAGGUGAUAAAGAUUGGCUGGAGAAAUAUGCCAACAAACAACAUGAGCUUGAGACUGAUCUACUGUUGCUCUACAAAACUAAAGGUUGUACAAGUUCUGGUGCAGAAAAAUUUGAAUCUGAUGGUAGCCCUGUUGAAAUGCUUAAACAUGUGGAGUUAGACUCUCAGACGCAAAGCAACUUGGAUGGAUCAGUUGCCGACAGCUUCCAUGAUGGGAUUACUGAGCCAGGUGGACAUGAGAAUAUUUCAGUGGCAGAUGAAUCUCUUUUGGCAACUAUAACAUUGGAGCCUGUUGAGACCUGCAGCAUAGAAAUGGAAGGCUUUCCUGUUCAACUCCAGCUGUCUGCACCCACUGAGUUAUCUAAAGAAUCUUCCAUAGAUCCACAGGGUACAUGCGAAGAGCCCCUUUCCACGACUGGUGAAAUGCUUUGUUUUUCAGAGACCUUAGCAGUAGAGAACAAUGUUAUAUGUGAACAAAACUUUGUAGAUGAGCAUAGCUCCCUUUCAAAAGAUCAGGAUAAACUUGAAAAUGCAUUUUGUUCUACUGAAGAAGAGUACAAUCAAGAGCCAAUAUUAUGCAAUCUUAAUGACAAAUCAAAAGAACUACCUGUACAUGUUGGUGCUAGUCUGACUCUCCAGGCUGAUGAUCUACCUGUGGAGAUGCAGGAGUCAUGGACAGGUGUAUUGAAAGAGGGUUUGCAGUUAACCAUUGUGUGUGAAUCAAAUGACCUUCUUCAUGCUGAUCAUCCUGAAGAAGAAAAUUCACCUGUGUAUCAAGGAGAACCAGACGAUAGUGGUCAAGCAGAAUCUGUUCUUAGAGCUUUAAGAAAACAAGACAAGGAGCAAGCAGAAACUCUUGUUCUGGAAGGCAGAGUACAGAUGUUGGUAGUCCAGUCAAAUGCGCAAGUUUACAAGUGUGAAAAGUGUUCAUAUAUCACCAGGAAAGAGGGUUGUAUGCUUCAGCACUCUAAGACUGGCUGCCUAAUGCGCAAAGCCUCUUUGGUGUGCAUGGAUUGUGGAGCUAGCUUCAAACAGCAGAGGGGAUUGAAUACUCAUCAACUAAAGAAGUGCCCUGCCACCCGUAAGAAAAAAAUAGUUGCUGUCAGGUCAGCUUCCUCUUCUGAGCCAUCGGUUGAUUUAGAGACAGCAAAUAAGAAUUUGCUUCUUGAGAAGACUGGAGAGAAUGAUCAAGAAAACAAUAUUUCUAAUGAAGUUCUGAUUUUGGAAACACAUGAUCCUAACAUAUUAGAAAGCAGUUCUUUAAAUGAUGUAGGACACCUAACAUCAUGUCAGGACCUUCUUAGUGAGGAAUAUAAAGAAAAAAUGGUUACGCUAGAUAAGGGAGAAGCUGGCACAAUCUUUUCAUCUCUUCCAUUUGUAGAACCCCCUGAUGCUGCUUUGAUGCCAGUUGAUCACAGUGAGAAAUACAAAUUGGAACAGGGAAAGUUUCAUUGUCUGUUCUGUUCAUUCUCAUGUUCCAGAGAAUGCACCAUUAGUAACCAUGUAAAGGAAGGCUGUCGUGGGUUAAAAACAAUCCUUUGUGCUCUGUGCUCAACAGUUUUAACUUCCAAGGCAGCUUUGAGGAAGCAUCAGCAGGAGCAGCAUGGAGAGCUGUUUACAAGUGACAAAUGUUCUGAAAGCUCUGUGGAUGAGGAAAGUCAGAAUACAGAAGAGGACGAAGACAGAAACAGAGAUGAAGUUGAAACCACCUGCAAAUCAAAUAAUGUCACGUCUAGUGGCUGCAGACUUUCAUGUUCCACCUGUCCUUUUACAUGUUCCCAGGACCGAGCAAUGAGAACCCACAAAAAGAAAGGGUGUUUAAGGCCUGGAGAGCUUCAGUGCUCCUUGUGUUCAUUUCGAUGUAUGACUACAGUAACUUUAAAACAUCAUCAGGAUCUCCAUAAGAAGUAUUCUCGAAAUAGAGUACAUCUUCAAUGCAAGCAAUGUGACUUUACCUGUAAACAACCAAGAUGCAUGAAACAGCAUGUGCGGAUACGUCAUGAGGGUGUUAAACCUCACCGCUGUCGAUACUGUGAAUUUAGUACUACUCGUCGCUAUAGACUUGAUGCCCAUGAGUCUCUACACACAGGGGUUGGCCGCAUCUCCUGCAAUUCCUGCACCCGCACAUUUGGUACAAACUCUAAACUGCGACUACACCAACUUCGCGUACAUGAAAAGAAGCCUUCUCAUUUCUGUGGACUCUGUGAUUAUAGUGGGUACAGUCAAAAUGACAUUGCCCGCCAUAUGGGAAGUUGCCAUAGUGGUGAGCUUUCUUUCCCAUGUUCAGUCUGCCAAGCAAGUUUCAGCUCUGAGGCUGCCCUGAAACAACACAGUUUGAGAAAGCAUCAAGAGAAAGCCACUCAUGAAUGCUCACAAUGCCAGUUUUCCUGCCAUAGCCUGUCCACCCUCAAGUGCCACCUCCAGAAGGAGCAUCUUCAACUUGAGUGCGGCAUCUGCAAAGAAAUUUUCUCUCGACGUCAGCAAUUGGACGAACAUCGCAAGUCACAUUUUGCCCACCACUGUCAACAGUGCCAGUAUGCAGCUAAAGAUAGGCAGCAGCUUGUGCGCCACUACUCCGAGGAGCAUGAAAUAUCAACACUGCCUGGCACAGAGGGAGAAGAGGGUCCUUUACGCUGCCCUUUUUGCUCUUUUUCUUGUCAUCACCAACUUGUGUAUGAUCAUCAUGUUAAAGGCCACGGGGGUACACGUGUUUACAAGUGUUCAGACUGUGCAUACAGCACCCGAAAUAAACAGAAAAUCACCUGGCAUAGCCGCAUCCACACUGGUGAGAAGCCAUACAAGUGUCACCUCUGCACAUAUGCCUGCGCAGACCCUUCACGUCUCAAACAUCACAUGCGUAUCCACAAGGAUGAGAAGAAAUACCUGUGUCCCGAAUGUGGAUACAAAUGCAAAUGGGUUAACCAGCUAAAGUAUCACAUGACCAAACACACAGGUCUGAAGCCAUAUCAGUGUGAGGAGUGUGAUUACUGUACAAAUCGUGCUGAUGCUCUUCGCGUUCACAGGGAGACACGUCAUAGGGAUGUACGAGCCUUUAUAUGUGAGCAGUGUGGCAAGGCCUUUAAAACUCGCUUCCUUCUCAAAACUCAUCUGAAGAAGCACAGUGAGGAGAAGCCAUAUGUCUGCACUGUGUGCCAGCGUGGGUUUCGCUGGCCAGCUGGCCUGCGUCAUCACUACCUCACCCAUACCAACCAGCAACCCUUCUUCUGCCAAUACUGCUCCUACCGGGCCAAACAAAAAUUCCAAGUAGUAAAACACAUACAGCGACAUCAUCCCGGCACUACAGAUUUAACAAAAGGAAUAGGAAAGGAUCCUUAUUCCAUGCAGUCUUGUGAUGCCACACAUGUAUCAUUCCCCCAAACACAAUAAACUGACAGGGCUACUUUAUCUGUGAGACUGUGGACUACAUAAAUUUGAGUUGGCUCCAAAA